UAGCACAGCCCUCAGGCUUGCAGAGCCUGCGAUCAAAGGCCUCCCGCUAGCAGUGUCUGAUGGAGAACAUCACCAUUAUCUUUGUGYCUGAUCAUUUCCUAAUGGCGGCACUAGGUGUUCCCCAAGUUCCUCUCCUGGAUGGCAGGCAUUGAGGGGCAGGCAGGACCAGGGAGGGAACAUUAGCAGAGCAGGGACUGUUCUCUGCCCUCUGAACUCCAGUGUGGCAKCCUGAAGGUGGAUAUCCUCCUGGAAGUAACACAAGACCUCCCCCUUGUGAAGGGAAGGAAACACCACAUUUUCACAUAAUUUUUUGUUUUGCUCACCUUUGUUUGGCUGGUUUUUUGUUCUUCUGCUCUGUCAGAAUCUGGAUCUUGCUCUAAAACUGUACCUUUGCAUGCACAAUUAUGCCCACAGGUAAUAGGAAACCAGGGUUUCAAARGAAAACCUGAUGCCAUUGCCAGAUAAUAGCAGUUUCCUAAAUAAAUGUGUGGUUGCCCCGGGGGUUAGGUUGUUGCCAGAUGCACCCUUUCUUGAUUGGUGAGAACAGGAGAUGACGCUUCCUGGCAUAUAAGAGGCAAGAGAAAACACGGAGCACAGAUAAGCAGAGCAAGCAAGCCACCUGGAAAGAAGAGCUGAGAAGGUGUUAAAGCAGCUGCCUACCAUGGCAUUUGGAAUGCUAAUCUAUAUUUUACUGAAAGUAAGCAUCUAUUUGCAUUACACAGCAAUGGGGGCACUGAGUGAAGAGUCAGCUAUUACUGCUUCAUCCGUCAGCACUGACUUAUGGAAUAAUUGGACAAAAAACAACACWGAAGUAGACUACACAGAGCAGCCAAGGCUCUUGAAGCUGAUGCAGACCUGCCUUGAGGAGCACCACAGCUAUUGUAUCAAUGGGCUCUGUGCCUUCCACAGCGAACUGAGGAAGCCCAUAUGCAAGUGCCUUGCAGGUUACAAUGGAGAGAGAUGUGAACAUUUAACACUAAAUUCAUACGCACAUAAUUCUUACGAGCGCUACAUUGCUGUGGGAAUUGGUGUAGGAAUAUUGACCAGCGGAAUACUCGCCAUCAUCUACUGCUAUGUAAGAAAGAGAUGCAGGAAACUGAAAUCACCCUACAAAGUGUGUGUGGGCGAGACAGCGUUGUGAAGCUCUGGUGCUGGGACACUCACCAGUCUGCCUGCAAAGGAGGGGAAGUUCUGCUGGGAAGGCCCCCRGCACCAUCCCACAGGGACCCCGGCCUCGCUGAGGAGAGGAACUCGAGGGAACAGCCAAGGAGUGCGUGAAGAGAGCUCCUGCACAACUGACAGGCUCUGGGUGUUGUUGAAGAAAGACUUCCUCUCUUGAGUGAGGGUGGCUCAUGCUCAGGUACAAGCAGCUGAGGACACUGGCAGGCUUCUUGACACUCUCCUGUGCCCAGUGUUUGCCGUUGGGAGGACUGGUUGCUUUUAGCAGUUUUCAGUCAUUUCAAGUGCUUUUGUGCAGUGUUGUGCUUUGGUCUUUUUUGUGUUUUGUUUGGUUUUGUUUUCUUUUUCUCCUCUAGAGGAAAAGCACCACUUCCCUCACAGUGGAGUUUAUUCUGGACAUCAUGCACUGACCAGAAACCAUUUGGGUUCUGAUUUUGGUAUCUGCUGGCUGUGUGUGUGGAUGAAGAGUCCUCUCUCAACCCAGCAGUUACCUUCAGUGUGCUGGGCCAAGUAUCGGCUUCUGGUGCCACAAAGGACAMAAUCAAAAUGCUUUGGACUGAGGAAAAUGGCUGGUUCUCAAAAGCUUCCUUAACAUUAGGAAUAUAAAGAGUAGGCAAUUCCUGGAAAAUUAGACCAUGAUGUCUCUGGGUAUGGCAUGGUCUAACUGUUUUCAGAAGCAAAGCAACCAGAUGCCUUUCUCAAAACGGAUUGUGGAGUGUGCUUGUGACAAAGAGCUCUCCUCUUCCAAACAUCUUACAGCAGCUCCUCAGAUCCAUGGAAUUUCAGGCAGAACAUCACCUUGCUGCACCCUGAUUUCUGCACAAGACUUGAAUUGCUAGAGAAGCUGGAAUUUUGUUAUGAAACUUCAGUACAGUUUUUCCCAGGAAACAGACUCUCUCUGUUCCAUUCUCACAUUAUGGGCAAAAUGUGACCACUCAAAUAAGAAUGAAAUGAUCUUAGGUAUUUGGUUCCACCCUGKACUAACAGAUUCCAUAUGGGAUGCUUGGUUCUCUUUAUCUUAYCUACAAAGAAUUGUGAAGGUACAAAGAUUUUGUUGCAGGAAAAGAGAAGAAAAUUGGUUCUGAAGAUGGUGGCAUUAACUGGGACUUCUCACUGACAGCUGGAGUGUUUGCCAGUGCUGUUGCAACCGGAGUUGGCUCUGACAGAUUUUCAUUUCAGCUGUUGCACGUUGUAGACUCAUCUGCUGUGCUCAGAGAAAGGCAGUUGGUACUUGUGUGGCAGUAUCAGCUCCUAAAUUCAGGUGCCCUGCUGAAAGCUCAAUUUCUUUGUCAUGUGAGUUAAUUUUCACAGCAAGGAUGYAUGUUGUUUGUUGAAAGAACUGUAUUUGUGAGACUUUGGUGACAGUGCUGAAAUGUGUAUGAAAAGUGGGGUUUGAAAGGGUAAAGGUGAGUGUGGCACUUSAAUGGUCUGAAGUUCAGGAGGCCACUUGUGUGGGAUCCUGGUCAGUGGCUAAGCCAUCCUGGCUGGCUGAUACCAAUAAAGAACACAGCACAUCACACACUGCUUGGAAUCCUAUGUAACAGAAAGAGCAACCAGCCUGUGCAUCCACAAAAAGGAUUGCUGGUGAGGAGCUGGAUGGACACCAGUCCUUUCCUCUGCUCAUUGACACCAGCAUUUACCAACUCUGGGCCUUUUUGUCUUCAUUCCAGUCACAUAUGGUCAUCUGUACACUGUUUGCUCCUUUCCAUUCUUCUGGCCUUUUCUUAGUGUCCCCUGGGAGAUAAGUUGUGCUCUUCACAGUCUUCAAGACAGCUUUUGGUAGUGGCCUUAACAAUUUCCAUGUCACACAURUAUGGUCAGAGGGCAAUUAGAUGUGAAUUACAGUCUGAACAUCCUCACAAACAAAAACCAUGCUUCACCUCUUGCACAUGGAAACUGAAAACAUGCAUCUUAUCAGGAAAACACAGGUGAGAGAUCUUCCUUGUUGGUCUGGAAGAAAAUUUUAGAGCUGAAUAUCCAAAGGAUGCAAAGCCUUAGAGUUGUUGCCAUGUGAUUGUAUGUCCCUCUCACCCGUGAGCUGUCUCUUCUGCUGCUGUUGGAUUCACUGCCCAAGGAGCAGCCCUUCUCCACAGCACAGGCUGUGUCUGGGAGCAGACACACACCCUACACAACGUGCUCAGGGUACGUGCACUUGUCACAGAAGUUCUGAAGGCAGCAGUUUGAACAACUGGACUUCACCUGGCCCAAAGCAAACURUUGGAGAGAGAUGUAUUUUGUUUGGGUGAAGCAGUUUGCAUGUCCUCUUCCUGAUGUUUGUUACUCUGUUUGUGUACAGUGACCAAGCAGGUGCUUGCAGGAUAUGCAAGGCCUCUUCAGGGGUAUUUACUCAUUGCAGUGAGCCAUUUAUACCCUCAGAAACAUACAYUGACUUCAUUUUUUCAAUGUUUGGUUAAAUAUAAGUGAAAAGGAAGGUUUAAUUUGAGGCCACAAUUUAGCAGGAGACUACAUAGUGAAACACUAGUUUUUCUAGUUGUCUUUCUGACUCAAGGCCGCUUUGGAAGUGAG